AUCAUACAAUUCUUAGCCGACCCAGCAACAACGUUUUCUGCUUUUUUUCCCACUAAUAACCUUUUCACGUUUCUCCCACUUCUCCUAUUUCCAAUUAUUAUUCUAUAUAUCAAACAAUUUUUAUACUUCACAUAACUCUUUCCCUUCACCAUUUGCCAAAUCCUCAAAAAAACCUCUCAUCAAACCUCAUUCCAAAGAACAAAAACAUUAAGUUGCUGAUUCUUGUGUUAACAGUUUCUACAACAGUGAGAGACAAAAUGGCCACCGCUGAGAAUGAAUACACUCUUGAUUCAGUGAGAAAGGCUUUGGUUAGAGAAGAAGAUACAAUUGUUUUUGGUCUCAUUGAGAGAGCCAAGUUCCCUUUCAAUUUUCAUACCUAUGAUCAAAAUUACCUUCAAACCCCUGAUUUUCGUGGCUCGUUGGUUGAGUUUGUUGUCCAGAAUACCGAAAUUGUUCAAGCUAAGGCCGGAAGGUACGAAAACCCGGAAGAGAAUCCCUUCUUUCCGGAAAAUUUACAGUCAUCGCUUGUGCCGUCUUACCCUUUCACAAAGAUUUUGCAUUCUGGAGCUGCUUCGAUUAACAUAAACAAGUCCUUGUGGAAAAUUUACUUUGAUGACUUGCUUCCGUUGUUUGUUGCUUCGGGCGAUGAUGGCAACUACGCACAAACUGCAGCUAGUGAUCUCUCAUUGUUGCAGGCCAUUUCUAAAAGGGUUCAUUAUGGAAAGUUUGUUGCUGAAGUGAAAUUCCGGGAAUCUCCUCAAGACUACGAGCCUUUAAUUCGUGCUAAGGACAGAGAAGGGUUGAUGAAGUUGUUGACAUUUAAGAGCGUUGAAGAGAUGGUGAAGAAGAGGGUUGAAAAAAAGGCGACAUUGUUUGGACAGGAAAUAAGCCUCGACAGCAAUGAUGACAGCAAAGAGAAACAAAGGUUUGAUCCAUCAGUGGCUUCAAAAUUGUAUGAGAAAUGGGUAAUACCUCUCACUAAGGAGGUUCAAGUGGAUUAUCUAUUGCGCCGGUUGGAUUGAAACCGUUGUUAAUUCGAUGUAAUUUGAAGAAAGGAACAUAUGAUGUCAUUCUUCAAAAGCUUAUAAUUUAUUUAUGUGAUCCUUCUUUGGCAAUUUAUUGUGACAUAUAUUUAAGAAAAUGAGUUUUCAUGCAGCACACUUCUGUUGUA